AUGGUAUUUGGGUUAUCUAUAGGGAACAAGCGGCGAAGCAGUCGAGUUCCGGACCUUUCGCGGUACGAUUAUCAUUAUAAUGGGGACGGGCCAAGUGCUGGGUAUUAUAAGAGUCAUGAUUUGUCUGCGGAUGCGGCGUUUGCGGCUAGUGUGAAUUCUGGAGGCCGGAGUAGAUCGAUGGUGAAUACGUCGUUGCGAGCUGGGCAAGGGCCAGGGCCAAGGCAAGGGCCAGGGCAAGGGCCAGGGCAAGGGAUGGCGCACCACGGGACUAGUUUUGCGCCUAGGAAGGCAGCUGCUGGGAAUUCGAGGGUUUCUUCUUCUAGAGGAGGACAACGGCAGAGAAGUGGUGGGCCGGUUCCGUAUGGUUACGGGAGUAACCAAGGGUAUGCAGGGAGUGCCCAGGCGGCGCGAAGCUAUAGUCUCACGAGCGGUCGGCAUGUUGGUGGUAAACAGGGCAAAAAACAAGGUAAAGUUGGGGGCAGCAAGGCGUCGAGCCGUGCGGGUUCUUUGACGAAUUCGAUUAUCAUCAAGACGCAGGAGGUCAAGGACAUGUCUGGACGGACGCAAUCGAUCACGACGCAGACGAUCAGACGGGUGAAUGGGAUGGAGUAUGUAGAGACGACGACGCAGACUACCGGUGCGUUGGCGGACGAUCCGCAGUUCCAUUUCCAGCAAUUUUCGGAGAAUAAUGGCUUAUCGGAGGAGGAAGAGAUAGGUAUGGAGUCUGAGUCUGAAUCUGAGCCUGAGCCUCAUACUCAGCCUGAUGCUGAGCAUGAAUAUAUUUCUGGAUCGGAGCCCGAAUCGAAGCCAGAGCCAGAGUCCGAGCCUGAGCACGAGCCCGAGCUUGAAUCAGAGCCCGAAUCGAAACCCGAAUCGAAACCCGAAUCGAAACCCGAACCAGAGGCAGAAGACGGUGAGUUUGCUGAUGCAUCUGAGAUCAUAGAAGAAGAAGACCAUACCCAGUUUUUCGCAAAGGUGAACAAAGUGAAGGUGGACGCUGCUGGGGCACCACUGGCGUCGCACACUGGGAAUAACAGCACUAAUAAUAACAAUAGUAAUAAUAAUAAUAAUAAUAAAAACAUCAACAACAACACUAAUAAUAACGAUAAUAGUAAUAAUGAUAAUAGUAACACCAGUGUCCAUGACAAAAAGACCCACAGAAAAAGCGCUAUGUCAAAGAGAAUGACGCUGAGAGAUAGUGAGGUUCCGGAUACAACAACAACAACGGAAAGUCCAGUGAACCACACGUACCAGGGCAAGAGACGUGUUCAGGCACCACCAGUGGUAGCGCCUUCUUCUUCGCGCAAGGUGCUCACGCAGGAGGAAAUGUAUGCGAUGGCUUUGGAGAUUGCACAGCAAAGGUAUGCGGAAAGCCAGCAACAGCAGCAGCAAAGAAGUCUGCAAGGAAAUGGUAACGCUGUUCCAGUGCAGGUCCAAGGUGAAAGGCCCUCGCAGAGUAUAAAGAGUGCGGGGUCUCAUAGCGGAAUGGAGCCUAUACUUGAGGAUACGGCAGAGAAUCCAGUAGAGGGUACUACCGCUGCUGGUUCAACUGGCGUCUCUGGGGCCCCUGUUGGGGCCCCUGCUGGUGGCCCUGCUGGUGGCCCUGCUGCCUCUGGUCCUUCCGUGGCCUCUGGUGUACCAGUGCCCGUUCCCACAAACGAAAAGAGCAGGCGUCCUAAAAAGAAGGUCAAGAGUCUUCUCGACCGGGUGGUACAGUUUAGCCAGGAGAAUACACUAAGCCAGCCGUCUGGCAAACAUAGAAGGGGCCAUCGAGGACAAGUUGAUGCCCAGGCACAGGUACAGCCUCAGCCUCAGCCUCAGCCUCAGGCCAGGCCACAACCACAGGUCCAGCCACAACCUCAUGCUCCUGUACAGACUCCAGCCCAGACACCAGCCCAGACUCCCGUCCAAACGCAGACAGAAGCCCCACAAACACUUGCUACCACGCAAGAGACCAGCUCUUCGUCGUCGCUACGACAUGCCGGGCCGCAACAAGAGGAGGAGCCAGCGCCUGUGCCAGCACCAAAUGCCCAGGCCGAGGCCCAGGCGAAUCACGUGACCCAAGCCCCAGCUCCAGCUCCAGCACAGGCUAAAGGCUCCCCCAAAAAGACAUCGUUCUUCAAGAAACUAUUCAAGACCAAGGACAAACACCACUGA